GCGAUCGAGGCGCGUGUGGCAAGAGCAAAUGAGUGAGCAGUGAUUUCAGUUCAAGGAUCGGCAUUACAUACACUACAGAUCUGUGAUCGGUGACAAGUGAUCGUCAGGAAUAGCACCACCCAAUAUGGAUAAACUCAAGUACAGCCGCUGUCCGCUCAAGAAGCGUCCGAUAAUGGUGGAGGAGUCCUGCCCAGAGGAUCACCUGAGUCACGAUGAAGGACCCGUUGACCUGAGUGUAGCCUCAGCCGCUGUUCCCCUGGAACCCCAUUGGGCGGCCAAGACGGAGCCGGAGCCCCAGACGGUUCCCACGGAGCUGAGACGCCGCUUCGACGCCGCCAUGAGUCAGACCAAGGAGCAGUUGGCCCGCCGGAUCUGGGAGGAAACCCGGGAGAUAGCCCGCGCCUUUCCCGAUGUCUUCACCCGCGAGGAAAUCGCCAAGAGCCUGGCUCGCCUGGGCUACGGCGAGUUCGAGCUGCCGCCGGAGGAGGAGGUUAUGGAACCGGAACCAGAGCCAGAACAGCAGAGCCCCCUGGGCUAUGCCAGAGCGGCCAGUCCAAACACCAUCAUCAAAGUGGAACCCACGGAGGAGGAGCACUUUCCCCUGCGAAACUACAACAACAAUCUACUCAAGAGCAUAGCCGAGUAUGAGGAUUGUAUGAAAAUGCAGACCAUUAAGGAGGAGAUCGUCCCAGUGCCCCCUCCCCAGAUCCACCAGUACUAUCCACCCCCCACUCCGCUGUCGGAGCCCGAGGAUCUUUCGGUGACCCAGAGGAGGGUGCUGAGCGAGAACAUGAACCUGCAGAAUGUGGCCAGGGCGUUGCUCAGCAUGCAGCACAUGGCUCCCCAGCAGCAUCCCCCGCCUCCGCAGGACAUGGAGGAGGACCAGGAGAACCAGGACCUCAACCAGCUGAAGAUCAAGAGCAGCAACGAUCUGUACUACCAGUGCCAGCAGUGCAACAAGUGCUAUGCCACCUAUGCGGGACUGGUGAAGCAUCAGCAGACCCAUGCCUACGAGAGCACCGAGUACAAGAUCAUCCGGAGCCAGCCCGGAGGAUCGGGAGCCAUAGUGGACCAAACCGAGUUCUGCACGGAUCAGGCCUCCGCCUUGAUCCAGGCAGCCAAUGCGGCGUCGGCGCAGAGCAUGCAGAAGCCAGUGGGAGUGCCAAGGUAUCAUUGCCAGGACUGCGGCAAGAGCUACUCCACCUACUCGGGGCUGUCGAAGCACCAGCAGUUCCACUGCCCCUCGGCCGAGGGCAACCAGGUGAAGAAGGUGUUCAGCUGCAAGAACUGCGACAAGACCUACGUGUCCUUGGGGGCCCUCAAGAUGCACAUUCGCACCCACACGCUGCCCUGCAAGUGCCCCAUUUGCGGCAAGGCCUUCUCGCGACCCUGGCUGCUCCAGGGCCACAUCCGCACCCACACGGGGGAGAAGCCCUUCAGCUGCCAGCACUGCAAUAGGGCCUUCGCGGACAGGUCCAACCUGCGGGCCCACAUGCAGACCCACUCGGACGUGAAGAAGUACUCCUGCCCCACCUGCACCAAGUCCUUUUCGCGCAUGUCCCUGCUGGCCAAGCACCUGCAGAGUGGCUGCCACAGUGAGCAGGGUGGCGGAGGGCCCAGCGGCUCGGGGGGUGGCUUCGACCAGCAGCAGCUCCAGCAGCACCUGCAGGGCUACGAGGAGGGCCACAGUCCCCACCAGGUCUACUACGCCGGCAGCGUGGGCAGCAGCAACGGCGAGGAGGAGGAGGGCGGGGACUACCCCAUUCCUCGCCCACAGGUCAUCUAUUAAGUAUCCCUAACCUAUAGCCCCUUUAACCUAAGUCAGUUUAGCCAAAGUCAGGGAAAGUCAGUGCCAAAAAUUAGUCAGGGCAAUGUUAUUGCCUCUUAGGGUCCCUAGUGUAUCAGAACUAUUUAUUAACAUAUUUAUACUAAACUAUUCCAGUACUCGAUAUCGCGGUUGAGAGCUUAGUCCUAGAUUGUUUUCGUUGACAAUUCCUUGUAUUAUAAAUCGUUGUUGAAACUCAUUCGUGUACAAAUCAAAAAGGUGCCAGAGAAAACCCCCACUUAGAUGUAUACCCAUGCCAACUUAUAAUUUAAUCCUUUAAUUUAUUUUAAACUAUCCUUAUG